AUGGCUUCUUCUAUCAUCAUCCAUUUUUUCCUCCUACAACUGUCCCUUUUCUCACUUUCUUCAUUGUUAGCAUCAUCUCAACCACACUCCUUCAUUCUUCCUAUAAAAAAAGACCCAUCAACCAACCUCUUCUACACAUCACUUGGCAUAGGAACUCCUAGAACUAAUUUCAAUCUAGUCAUUGAUCUUGGAGGAGAAAAUCUCUGGUAUGACUGUGAUACUCACUACAAUUCAUCCUCCUACACUCCUAUUCAAUGUGGCUCUAAACAAUGUCCAGAAAUCGGAUGUAUUGGCUGUGACGGCCCCUUCAAACCAGGUCCUGUUUCUGUUGAAGGUGUGGCUUCAAAUGAAUAUUUCAUUGAUGUGAAAGCUGUUAAGAUUGAUGGAAAUGUAUUGAACUUAAAGCCUUCUUUGUUGUCCCUUAACAAAAAAGGAAAUGGUGGCACCAAAAUUAGUACUAUAACUCCUUUCACUGAAUUGCACACAUCAGUUUACAAGCCCUUUAUUCGUGAUUUCCUCAAGAAGGCUUCAGAUAGGAAACUAAAGAGAGUGAAAUCAGUGGCACCAUUUGAGGCUUGUUUUGACUCAACUAGCAUUGGAAAUUCUGUACCAAGAAUUGAUCUUGUGCUUCAAAAGGGUGUGCAGUGGACUAUUCAUGAAACCAAUUUGAUGGUUAAUGUAAAGAAAAAUGUAGCAUGUCUUGGAAUUGUUGAUGGAGGGACAGAAUCAAGGAUGUCUUUUACAAAACCCUCAAUUCUUAUUGGUGGACAUCAAUUGGUGGACAAUCUUCUGGUGUUUGAUUUAUCAUCCUCAAAGUUGAGCUUUAGUUCUUCACUUUUGGUCCACAAUGCUAGUUGUUCUUAA